AGGAUGGGAUGGAAUGAAGACACUGUCCCUGCCCAGGAGCCCGGGCCACUCCACUGCCCUCCCUUCCCAUUUCCUGACAGUGUCCAUUGUCCACGUUCUGUUCACUUCUGGACCCUGGCCUCCUGGACCCACCCCCCCCAGAACUCUGGCAGGGCAAGAGGGCAGGUGGCAGUUUCUGGGGGGGGGGGGGGUUCUUGGUGGGUUUUGUUUUUUGUUGUUGUCGGCUGUUUUGCUUUUAAACUUCAAAGGGCUGGAAUGGCACUGCCGUCUUUUUGUUGAUCGGAAACCCCGGAACAGGGGCCUCUGUCUUUAGUGUCUCUCGUGGCACAAAGCAGCAUUCCAGACUUGUGCAGAGCUGCUCAGAAAUUAGGCAGUAGAGCCUGAUAUUGAACCUGGGCCGCGGUGCCCAGGCCCAGCCCCCAAACCCUGUGCCACCUGCUGGUAAACGGCCAGCUGACUCCUAUCUGGUUCGCUCAUUUGUGAGCUGUAGGUCUCCGUGGUAUCCCACACACGCACAGACCCACACUGCCCAGGAGGGCGCUUCUGUUCUUCUCAGAGGAGGAAUUAACCGCGGCACAAAUACCGUGUAGAGGCCACCGGGGUCUGAGCCUGGCUCUUCGUCGGUGGUGGUGUUUUUACCGGUGGCUGGAGCCCUUCAGAGGGUUCCCGUCAACCUACAACAGACUGUGCCCGAUGAGACGGCAGAUAAGAGCAGGAAGACGCCGAGGGGGUGUGUCUGUGCACGCCCGUACCUGCUCCUGCCCAGGUGACUUCAGCCAGCCACCUGCCACUUCUUUUUGGUUCAGGACGAGUGGUAGCAGCAUCGGGGGGGCCCCAGCCUCCCGCCUGCCUCGCGGUGCGGCAUCUGGGGAGAUGUGCUCUCUGGGCUGCCUCCCCCCGCCCCCCCCCCCCCAUCUCUGCACAUCCCCUCCGGCCUGUACCACCCACUUUGGAGCAGUGUUACCCUGGCCACCCUCGGGGAUUUCCGGAGUGAGCUCACCCGUUUGCUCCCGGGUUCCCAUCCAGCUGAGCCAGGCUGGGGGGAGGACUGGCGGGGACGUCAGUGGCCACUGGGAGUGCAGGCCAAACUCACCCGUGGUGGCUGGGCUGGGAAGGCCAGGCUGGGCUGGGGGAAGCCAGCUCCGAGGAUACAGGUCAGGGCACGUGGCCCCACCUGUCCCCGUCACUGGGGGGAAAACAAGGGCUUUUCCCACCCAGCCCAUAAAGUUACUGUUGCUUCCCUAAUGGGAGUUGGACGUGUGUAAAUAAGAAUUCAUCACCUCGUCUUCAGGGAAGUAGGAGCACUGCGUCCACAUUCCGUCACUGUGUGCGCUUACCCGGGGACCCAGACACAAGUCAUGUGUCUGCCGUUCAGAUGCUGCCAGAAGGCAUGUUGUGGGGGCGGGGUGCUAGGAAAAUGGUCGGAGCUGAGUGGGCAAUGCCAAUCAGGGAUGCCGGCCAGGAGGGUGGGAGGGCGGUAGGAGGGGGAUUCCCAGCGUGGGGAGCCAAGAAGCAAGGCCCAGAAGCUGGCGGGCACAGUGGCCUAGGAGAUAGUGGUCGGUAGGAUGAGGGUCACUUAGAGCCCGUGCCUCGGUUUCUUCAGCUAUACAGUGGGGUAACAGUAGAGCCUCGGGACGAGUUGCCGGGAGGAUUCCAGUGGUGUCGCGCGUGAAGUCUUGGGGGCCGGGAGCCUGAGCCCUCCUCAUUCCUCAACAGGAGAAUCCAUGCUGCCCCAAAGUGACGCAGGGACUUCGAGACUGCGCGCGCCUAAGGAGCUGCCCUGCUCGGCCUGGAACCGGCUGCCUUUGCGUCCGUCCACCUGCCCACACAGCUGAAACUUGACCCCAGAGCAUCUGCAGAGAGUGAGGGAAGGACUAGAACAUACUAGAUCAUGCUCUGAAGACCCCUGCGACAAGACCCAGGAAGCCGUGAGCUCAGCCCAGAUCCGAAGCCGCGCUGCCCCCCUGCCCGCCAUGGCCUCCGCUGACAAGAAUGGCGAGAGCGUCUCCUCCGUGUCCAGCAGCCGCCUGCAGAGCCGGAAGCCGCCCAAUCUGUCCAUCACCAUCCCUCCACCCGAGACCGUGGCCCCUGGCGAGCAGGCCAGCAUGCUGCCCCAGAGGCCCAGGAACCCAGCCUACGUGAAGAGUGUCAGCCUCCAGGAGCCACGGGGACGAUGGCAGGAGGGCAGCUCAGAGAAGCGCCCAGGCUUCCGCCGCCAGGCCUCCCUGUCCCAGAGCAUUCGAAAGGGCACAGCCCAGUGGUUCGGGGUCAGCGGCGACUGGGAGGUGAAGCGGCAGCAUUGGCAACGCAGGAGCCUGCACCACUGCAGCGUGCGCUACGGCCGCCUCAAGGCCUCGUGCCAGCGGGACCUGGAGCUCCCCAGCCAGGAGGUGCCGUCCUUCCAGGGCACCGAGUCUCCAAAACCCUGCAAGAUGCCCAAGAUUGUGGAUCCACUGGCCCGAGGACGGGCGUUCCGCCACCCGGACGAGGUGGACAGGCCCCAUGCCCCACACCCGCCCCUGACCCCCGGCGUCCUGUCCCUCACAUCCUUCACCAGCGUCCGCUCUGGCUACUCCCACCUGCCCCGCCGCAAGAGGAUGUCUGUGGCCCACAUGAGCUUUCAGGCUGCCGCCGCCCUCCUCAAGGGGCGCUCCGUGCUGGAUGCCACGGGACAGCGGUGCCGGGUGAUCAAACGCAGCUUUGCCUACCCCAGCUUCCUGGAGGAGGACGUGGUCGACGGGGCAGACACGUUUGACUCCUCAUUUUUUAGUAAGGAAGAAAUGAGCUCCAUGCCCGACGAUGUGUUUGAGUCUCCCCCGCUCUCUGCCAGCUACUUCCGGGGGAUCCCACGCUCGGCCUCCCCGGUCUCCCCCGAUGGCGUGCAGGUCCCUCUGAAGGACUCCGGCCGAGCCCCGGCGGCGCCCGGGGCCAGGCGCAGCAGGCGCCUCGCCUCCACGGUGAAGCACUUUGCCUUUGACCGCAAGAGGCGGCACUACGGCCUGGGCGUGGUGGGCAACUGGCUGAACCGUAGCUACCGCCGCAGCAUCAGCAGCACCGUGCAGCGCCAGCUGGAGAGCUUCGACAGCCACCGGCCCUACUUCACCUACUGGCUGACCUUCGUCCACAUCAUCAUCACGCUGCUGGUGAUCUGCACGUAUGGCAUUGCACCCGUGGGCUUUGCCCAGCACGUCACCACCCAGCUGGUGCUCAGGAACAAAGGUGUGUAUGAGAGCGUGAAGUACAUCCAGCAGGAGAACUUCUGGAUCGGCCCCAGCUCGAUCGAUUUGAUCCACCUGGGAGCCAAGUUCUCGCCCUGCAUCCGGAAGGACCAGCAGAUCGACCAGCUGGUGCUUCGGGAGCGAGACCUUGAGCGGGACUCAGGCUGCUGUGUCCAGAACGACCACUCGGGCUGCAUCCAGACCCAGCGGAAAGACUGCUCGGAGACUUUGGCCACUUUUGUCAAGUGGCAGGAUGACACGGGCCCCCCCAUGGACAAGUCUGAUCUGGGCCAGAGGCGGACAUCGGGGGCAGUGUGCCAUCAGGACCCCAGAACCUGUGAGGAGCCAGCCUCUAGCGGCGCCCACAUCUGGCCCGACGACAUCACCAAGUGGCCAAUCUGCACGGAGCAGGCCAAGAGUAACCGCACGGGCUUCCUGCACAUGGACUGCCAGAUCAAGGGCCGCCCGUGCUGCAUCGGCACCAAGGGCAGCUGUGAGAUCACCACCCGGGAAUACUGUGAAUUCAUGCACGGCUAUUUCCACGAAGAGGCAACACUCUGCUCCCAGGUGCACUGCUUGGACAAGGUGUGUGGGCUGCUGCCCUUCCUCAACCCCGAGGUCCCAGAUCAGUUCUACAGGCUCUGGCUGUCUCUGUUCCUCCACGCUGGUGUGGUGCACUGCUUCGUGUCUGUGGUCUUCCAAAUGACCAUCCUGCGGGACCUGGAGAAGCUGGCCGGCUGGCACCGCAUCGCCAUCAUCUUCAUCCUCAGCGGCAUCACCGGCAACCUCGCCAGUGCCCUCUUCCUCCCUUACCGGGCGGAGGUGGGCCCGGCCGGGUCGCAGUUCGGCCUCCUCGCCUGCCUCUUCGUGGAGCUCUUCCAGAGCUGGCAGCUGCUGGAGCGGCCCUGGAAGGCCUUCCUCAACCUGUCGGCCAUCGUACUCUUCCUGUUCGUCUGCGGCCUCCUGCCCUGGAUCGACAACAUCGCCCACAUCUUCGGCUUCCUCAGCGGCCUGCUGCUGGCCUUCGCCUUCCUGCCCUACAUCACCUUCGGCACCAGCGACAAGUACCGCAAGAGGGCCCUCAUCCUGGUCUCGCUGCUGGUCUUCGCCGGCCUCUUCGCCUCUCUGGUCAUCUGGCUCUACGUCUACCCCGUGCACUGGCCCUGGAUCGAGUACCUCACCUGCUUCCCCUUCACCAGCCGCUUCUGCGAGAAGUACGAGCUGGACCAGGUGCUGCACUGACCCCCUGCCCCCCGGGCGGGGCAUCGCUGCUGCUCACGGGGCGCUGAGGGCCCGGGGCCCGGGCCGGGCUGCAGAGCGCCCCCUCCCCCGCGCUCCGGAGACCCACUGCCAGGGGCCCGGGCCCUCCCUCCACCAGGCGAGACGGUCACAAAGGCGGGUUCCCCCGGGGCAGCGAGGCGCCCCCUUCCUCGGGCUGGGGGACACUCCGCACACGGGCUUCUCUGCAGCUCAGGGGCUCAGGGCCGUGCCCGCCCGUCGCUCCCCUGCUGGCGGGACCACUGCCUAGGGGUGGGCUUCUUUCUUUCCCAAGGUCCUCAGGCUUCGCCCAUCACCCCCCUCAGCCUCUGCUGGUGCCCCCCGGCCACACACACACACACACACACACACACCCCAUUGCUGUGAGCGUGCCCUUACUGGGACGUGGCCAGGGUUCCCACACCUGCCUCACCACGCCAGCCCUCCUUCCUGUUUCUCCUCCCCUCUCUGCCCUAAGAGCCCAGGCCCCUCGUUCAUCGGUGGCCUGGUGAGCCUGCCCUUAACGCUCCUGGAGCAGACUUGUGGGAAGGGCUUUGCCACAGUCUGGGGCAGAAAAGAGCAAGGAGGCACAGCUGGGCUGGGAAGCUGAGAGCCUUUGCUUGUUCCGAGCAGACAGAGGCUGUCCCCUCUGUGUCCCUCUUGGCCCUCCCUUGGAGUCAGUGUUCUGCCUCAUGGGGCUGGCUUUGAGAAGGCCGGCCCUACUCCACUCUGCCUCACUCCUGCCCGAGUUGGGGCGGGGGCUGGGCUACUCACUCCUGCCCGAGUUGGGGUGGGUUCCCCAGGGGUUGCCCAAGGCUCGGUCAGACCCAUUUUUUACUGGUUUAUAUUAAGGUUCUAAUUUUUAAAAGUAACGCUAACUUUAUAUGGAUGACGUCUCAAAUGUAUUAAAUGAUACUCUUUAGAAGUAA